AUGAGUGGCGGAGACGAUUCAAUCGAGCAAGCUGUUACUUCACGCCGGGAAAGACUCCUAGCUCUCAGAACCGCCAAAGAAUUGUUACUUUCUUCAAAUCCCGAAGCUAGCGAUACUAAUCAAGACGAAGAUCCACAAUCACCACCUACUGUUUCUGAAGAUGAUGAAGAACAAGACAGAGAGGGAAAGCUGAGCAUGAAGUUUCGGAAUUAUGUUCCUCACGAUAAAGAUCUUCAGGAAGGGAAGCUUGCACCUGCAGUGCUUCCAAAGUUUGAAGAUCCUGUUUCUGUUCCUGAGCCGGAGCCUCAACCCACUGAGGAUCCGUUUCUUAAUAUUGCUCCCAAAAAACCCAACUGGGACCUGCGCAGAGACGUCCAGAAGAAGCUUGAUAAGCUUGAGAAGCGAACUCAGAAGGCUCUCUAUCAACUUAUGCUGGAACAAGAGAAGCAAAAUCAGCUGGCUGAAGGAGAUGAUACAAAUGGCGUCAAAGAUUAG